UCCAUACAUAGCCAAUCCAACCAACUUUAAUGUGCUUAAUUUGGUAGAAACACUUUAAUGGUCUCCUUUUGCUAAUGCAGAAGCAUUACAUGCUUUAGCUUCUCUCUCUCUCUCUCUCUCUCUCUCUCUCUCUCUCUCUCUCUCUCUCUCUCUCUCUCUCUCUCUCAUAGCCCAAGAACUAAGUUUGGAAAGAAGAAAGGUGAUCAUGAGAAUGGGUGUCACGCUUCUGAAGAUCAAAAUCAGUCUCUUCUUCUUCGUCCUCCUCCUCUUCUCAGCAUCACUUUUCACGUCCUGUCAUGCAGGUCGACCCUUCAAGUCCAUGGACAAGUUGGCUAAGGAGGCGGAUGUGAGUGAAAAGAUUGAUCAAGAGGAACCAUGGAAAGAAACAACAUCAUCAUCUUCAACAACAGCGGGAGACGAUUUAACAGAGACCAACAUCAUCCAUGGAAGGCUUCUUAGAGCGAACACCAAGGACUAUGGAAGGUACGAUCCAGCGCCGGCUCUUGUCAGGCCCCCCUUCAAGCUCAUUCCCAACUGAUGAAACCCAAAUGACUUGCCAAGAAGAACCGAGCACCAUAUGCCACUACUUAUUAUAAACUAUAGAUUAAAAAAUUAAUAAUUACUAUGGCUCUAUCUCUUUCGAUAUUAUGUAGCAUGUCCUAAUGUAAAUCGAAGUAUCAUCUAUAUAUAAAGUACUAAGUUUUGAGUGCUGUCAGUAAUUCAAAAGUGUGUUUCCUUGCAUAGGUCAAGAAACAACAAAAAUAUCAUAAUAUGUGGCUGUAAUUCAGUCUGUCUAUAUUGAAUUUUACUUUUUACUUUUUAUUUACUCAAAA